AUGGUACUAGUCCGAAACUCAAAGCCGAAAGCCACAUUCCUGCGGACGAACGUUCGAGCUGGGUGGACGCUGCAUUCCGCGAGGAACAUGCAAUUCCUAUGCCGAGUAAUGUUCCAGGGUUACUGCUACCUCGCCGUGAUAACUACAGGCAAGGGAGAGCUCGUUGUGGAUGAUCGGGUACGGGCUUGUCCUACGAGAGCAUGGGUACAGGAACUCUCCAGAGCUCUAGUCCAUGGCUCUCUGAACAUGUGCCUUGUAGAACCUAGCGUGGUAUGGUCGUUCAUUUUAGUUGAGACCAACGAUCACAGCAGCCGCAAUGAGCCUAUUCAGGCCAACAAACCCAAAAGCCUAGUCGCGUGGGCGGUCAGAGAUGAUAAUACCGAUACCAUACACGGAUACCAUGACUAA